GAGGAUGAAUACGUCGUGAUUGAAGAACAGGAUCGUCCAUAUGAGGAGGAUUUACUGCGCAAUCCUCACAACAUCAAAUCUUGGCUGCGAUAUAUUGAGAUGAAAUCGAAAUCACCUCCAAAAGUUUUGUAUAUGCUUUAUGAACGUGCGUUAAAACAGCUUCCUGGGAGCUACAAACUAUGGUAUCGUUAUCUGCGAUUACGACGCAUACAUGCCCGUCGUUUGUGUCCUGGUAGCAUUUUGCACGAAGAGACCAAUAAUGCUCACGAGCGUGCUCUGGUUACUAUGCACAAGAUGCCACGUAUUUGGACCGACUAUCUCCUUUUCCUGAUGUCGCAAGGUUUCAUCACUCGCACCCGCCGCACUUUUGACCGGGCCCUCAAAGCCCUGCCAGUCACACAACAUGACCGUAUUUGGGGCAUUUAUCUACGGUUUGCGGACAAGCACGGCAGUGGGAUAGGUGAGACGUGUUUGCGCAUUUAUCGCCGCUACGUCAAAUUCGCCCCGGAUGACAUGGAGCGUUUUGUCGAAUUCCUGGUUGGUAUUGGAAACGCAAAUGAGGCCGCCUUAGUUCUGGCUGAUAUCAUCAACGAUGACAACUUUGUCAGCCGUCAAGGCCGUUCGAAGUUCCAACUUUGGCAACAGUUAUGCAGUUUGUUGGUGAAAAACCCGUCGAAGGUGGCUGCGCUUAAACCUGACCCAAUCAUUCGACAAGGGAUAAGUAAAUAUACUGACCAGGUCGGUUUGUUGUGGAACUCCCUGGCUGACUACCACAUUCGUUGCGGUAACCUUCUGCGCGCCAGGGACGUGUAUGCGGAAGCCCUCAAUACAGUGAUGACCGUACGUGACUUCACCCAGGUAUUUGACGCUUAUGCCGAAUUCGAAGAGUCAGUGGCUAAGGCGAAAAUGGAAGCCUUGGAUAAAUCGCAAAAUACUUCGGAAGAAGUUCAAUUUCUUCGUAGUUUCAUUCUUGUUCAGGAAGAACAGGAUCGUCCAUAUGAGGAGGAUUUACUGCGCAAUCCUCACAACAUCAAAUCUUGGCUGCGAUAUAUUGAGAUGAAAUCGAAAUCACCUCCAAAAGUUUUGUAUAUGCUUUAUGAACGUGCGUUAAAACAGCUUCCUGGGAGCUACAAACUAUGGUAUCGUUAUCUGCGAUUACGACGCAUACAUGCCCGUCGUUUGUGUCCUGGUAGCAUUUUGCACGAAGAGACCAAUAAUGCCCACGAGCGUGCUCUGGUUACUAUGCACAAGAUGCCACGUAUUUGGACCGACUAUCUCCUUUUCCUGAUGUCGCAAGGUUUCAUCACUCGCACCCGCCGCACUUUUGACCGGGCCCUCAAAGCCCUGCCAGUCACACAACAUGACCGUAUUUGGGGCAUUUAUCUACGGUUUGCGGACAAGCACGGCAGUGGGAUAGGUGAGACGUGUUUGCGCAUUUAUCGCCGCUACGUCAAAUUCGCCCCGGAUGACAUGGAGCGUUUUGUCGAAUUCCUGGUUGGUAUUGGAAACGCAAAUGAGGCCGCCUUAGUUCUGGCUGAUAUCAUCAACGAUGACAACUUUGUCAGCCGUCAAGGCCGUUCGAAGUUCCAACUUUGGCAACAGUUAUGCAGUUUGUUGGUGAAAAACCCGUCGAAGGUGGCUGCGCUUAAACCUGACCCAAUCAUUCGACAAGGGAUAAGUAAAUAUACUGACCAGGUCGGUUUGUUGUGGAACUCCCUGGCUGACUACCACAUUCGUUGCGGUAACCUUCUGCGCGCCAGGGACGUGUAUGCGGAAGCCCUCAAUACAGUGAUGACCGUACGUGACUUCACCCAGGUAUUUGACGCUUAUGCCGAAUUCGAAGAGUCAGUGGCUAAGGCGAAAAUGGAAGCCUUGGAUAAAUCGCAAAAUACUUCGGAAGAAGACGAAUUGGAUGUGGAGCUACAUCUCGCCCGACUAGAAGCUCUUAUGGAUAAACGCCCACUCCUUCUGAACAGCGUUCUGUUGCGUCAGAAUCCUCACAAUGUUUCCGAUUGGUUGAAACGCGUUGAACUCGUAAAACCUCAAGGAGCGCGCGAGCAAAUCAAUACAUUCAUGGAAGCCAUAACCUCGGUGGACCCGGCGAAGGCUACUGCUGGACGACCAUCGGCGUUGUGGGUCGGUCUGGCCCAACUCUACGAGAAACAUAAACAGCUGGAUGAUGCACGGGUCGUGUUUCAGAAAGCAACCGGCGUCACAUUUGUUCAUGUGGAAGACUUGGCAUCGAUCUGGUGCGAAUGGGCAGAAAUGGAACUUCGCAAUGAUCGUCCGGAGGAAGCCCUGCGACUUCUCGGCAAGGCAACAACAGCACCUCCACGCAAAGUUGAUUACUAUGAUCGAUCAGAACCUGUGCAAGCUCGGCUACACAAGUCUCUUCGAGUGUGGACCCUCUAUACAGACCUCGAAGAGAGUUUCGGGACAUUUGAAACCACCAAGGCUGCCUAUGAUCAUAUGAUUGACCUUCGAAUCGCCACUCCACAAAUUAUCAUGAACUACGCCUUGUUUUUGGAGGAACAAAACUAUUUUGAGGAAGCCUUCAAGGCCUAUGAAAAAGGAGUUGCAUUGUUUCGUUGGCCUAACGUCUACGACAUUUGGGCAGCAUAUUUGGCCAAGUUCAUUGAGCGUUACGGUGGAACCAAACUGGAACGCGCUCGUGAUUUGUUCGAACAAUGCUUGGAGAAAUGUCCCCCCAAAUUUGCCAAAGCACUCUAUCUGCUUUACGCGCGACUGGAGGAGCAACAUGGUUUGGCUCGUCGUGCGAUUCGUAUCUACGAACGAGCCACCGAGGCUGUGCUGCCCGGCGAACGCUUUGAUAUGUUUAACAUCUACAUUCAACGAAUUGCUGACCUACAUGGUGUUACACACACACGGUCAGCUUACGAACAAGCGAUCGAACGACUCCCAGAGGAGCAUGCCCGUCAAAUGUGCCUUCGAUUUGCUGAUUUGGAACGAAAAUUGGGCGAAAUUGACCGAGCACGAGCCAUUUACGCCUACUGCUCCCAAAUGUGCGAUCCGCGGACAGAACCUCAGUUUUGGCAAGUCUGGAAAGAAUUUGAGGUGGCCCACGGGAACGAGGAUACCUUGCGUGAAAUGUUGCGCAUCCGACGUAGUGUGCAGGCCACUUACAACACCCGCGUCAGUUUUAUGGCCAGUCAGCUUCAAAUCACUGGUGCUGAUGGAACGGAACAGGCUACUCCUACGAACGAGAUGCAGAAACUAGACAAGGCGCAUUCCGAUGCGAACAAGCCGCAGUUGGCCGGUCGUCCAGUUGUCGUCUUCCAAUCGGCCGGAGUCCGACAGCUUGGCUUGGAUGCCCAAGAUCAGACACGUUCCGUAACCACGAACAAGGAGGCCAUCAAUAUAGACGAUAUUGGCGCGGACGACGCAGAUGAUGGGGAUGAGGAGGCGGCUCAAGAUGAUGCUGACUUGGAACUGAACCUGGAGAAACAACCUGUGCCGCUUGCAGUAUUCGGUGGCCUCAAAGAG